CCUAAUCCAAUUUCACUGGAAUUCCUCAACGUAGUCUCUCGAACCGCAGAGCUCGCCCUCGUCCUGUGCUGAGCAUUACAUUCCUCGCAGCAUAAUGUGCUCUCACACAUUGAUGCCACGGAUCCAUCUAAGGGUUUUGCUUUCGUUUUAAGUUCACCUGGUCUGAUGUGUUCCUCUAAAGUGUCAUUUGGGAGAGGAUGUUGCUUCUAAUUUAUGCAACUUUGCUUGGAAUUUUCCUCAAAACAGGUAUGCAAACUUUGGGGACUGUGUAAUCUUACAUGUGUUGGCUAGCUGCGUUGUAUUCUGUUGCUGAGAGUGGUGUCAACGUUUCCAGGUAUUCCAAUCUAAUUCAAGUUUGGAUUAUGGUUAAAUGAUUUGGGGAGCUGUUUUUGUCGGAUGAAAACAAUUAAAUCGUUUUCAUAAAUCCAGGAGAGGUCUAGUAAUGCUAACAGUGAGGCGCGCAGGAGGUUACCGGUGCGGAUCAAAUAAUCUUGUUAAAUGCAUGUAUAACUGUCUUGGAAUAAGAAAUUGUGAAACAGAUUCUUGGAUUUUACAUUUUUAAUGACACACCUGCGCUCCAGCUACAGAAAAUAUAUCACCUUAGGUCAUAAUUGCAUCUGUAAAACCAUUGCGCAUGUCACCUCUGCAAAGGCAUAUCUUUUCAAAAUGUGAUUUAGGCUAUUAUUUUCCAUAUCUUUGCUUCAAUUUAAUAAUAUUGUUUAAAAAUGUAAAUGCUAAAUAAUAGAUCGUGACAUUCUGAAACAUUGAACAUUAUUCCAUAUUUGGAGCAUCUUUCUGCUCUUACAAUUGCCCUACAUGGCAUGCUAAUUAGGCUAUUAAGUAUUCAGAUUAAUUGCUAUUAAACAUGACUAGACACCAUUACAGGUGAAGAAUGUAUUCACUCAUUUUAUAAAGCAGAGGGAAAUGUGUAGGCCACUCAUUAUCAAUAGCUAAUUAAUAGCUCUAUAAUUGACAACACAAAUGCAAUUCAACAUUUUAUUUUACAGGUGUAGGCAUUCCAUCAAGCUCAAAUGAUAAGGAACAUGAUUGAUCAACAGUUGUCAGCUCAGGUGACUGUAAUAAACUAAAAAAAAACAUUUUUUAGUGGGUGUUAAAUGAGCUGAUCUAUCACUCCAUGCACACCUGUGAUGAAUAUUAAUAUCAAUAAAUAUGCAGAGAAUAACAACCCUGUCUCUCUUCAGAUGACGGUGGAAGGAAAAUAUACAAUUUAAGAUAGAUGAAGGCAAAUAAACUGAAUUCUCAAUCCACAUGGGUCACCUUAUAGCAAUGAUAUGGUUAUAAUGUAUACAAACCGUGGUAAAUGUAGUUGUUAAAAAGGGAUCAGGUAAAAUGACAAUGAUAAUCUAUGUCAAUGGAGCAGUCCACAUUCUCAUUCCAACAUACAUCCACUGAUCAUAUCAUCAGAAUGAUAUAACAAUCAGAAGCUGAGAGCUUUUCCAGUCCAUAUUUCCAGUAGAACCCCUUGCACAUGAAUAUAUGGGUAGAUGAACAGUGGCAUGUAAGAACUUGAUCUCACCAAAAAUGCCUCUGUGGUAAAUAACAUACAAAUGUUCUGUCUGUUCUGCGUUGGAUGUGCUGGAUUUGGUUCACGUGCCCACUCCUUAAACAUCAUGUUCAUUGUUAGCAGAAAUUACAUCUAAAUAAUUUGAUGAUGUUUUUACCUCAGUGAAAAGGGUAUAGAGGAACAAUAUGAACCGUAUAGACAGUAUGUACAUAACUAUAUGCUUGGCUAAAUGUUAUGUACAUAUGUGGUUUAUAGAGGACAAAUACAGUACAGUCUAUGAUGUGUUUAGGCACUUUAUGAGACUCUAUUGCUCGGUUGAUGGAUGGAGUUUUGAAGCAUUUAUCUGGUUAUAAAUUAAUUACACUCAGAUCUUUGUUUUGGAUCCUUUUCAAUUGAAUUUGUGCUUGAUGGCGCUGUCAGACUGGGAGAUGAAUGACUGUCGCCAUUUCAAUAAUUAGAACACAGUAAUAUCUGUCACGGAGAACAAAUGACCUGAAACUGUGGCGCCUGAGAACAUUUUGAAUUGUUGUUUAACAUAGCACAGUCAUGCAUGUUUCUGCAAAACUCCAUACCCUGAAUCAGAUUUUGCUAUCCAUCCGGUAUCCUCGAUUAAAUUAUUACGAUUUUUCCUCCCUGUGAAACAAUUUUGGAUGAAUAGCCAACCAUCUGUCAUUCUUUGUUAAUUUCCAUUUAAUUCCAAUCAGUCAAGUGACAAUGGAAUUGUGGCGCAGUGGUCUAAGGCACUGCAUCGCAGUGCUAGCUGUGCUACUAGAGAUCCUGGUUCAAAUCCAGGCUCUGUCGUUGCCGGCCGCGACCGGGAGACCCAUGGGGCGGCGCACAAUUGGUCCAGGGUAGGAGAGGGAAUGGCCGGCAGGGAUGUAGCUCAGUUGGUAGAGCAUGUGGGUUUGAUUCCCACGGGGGGCCAGUAUGAAAAAAUAAAUAAAUAAUGUAUGCACUCACUAACUGUAAGUCGCUCUGGAUAAGAGCAUCUGCUAAAUAAAUUAAUCUAAUUUUAAGUCAGUGCUGGAGCAACAGCUUCAUUGAGUGUGUGGAUAAAGCACUUUGUUUGCAACACUCUAGCUUAAUUGUUUUCAACUAUAAAAGUCAGAAUGGCAAUUAUUAUUUUAGUGGGUAAAGUUGAAUGGCCUUUUUCCCUGCACAGAUAUGCCCAGCUUCCACACACAAUUGUGUCUGAGGGCACUGUAUUAAGUUUAGUUGGCAAAUAAGUGAGAGUAUGGAUUUAUAUUGUUGAAACAUAUUUGUUCAUUAUUGUCGGUCAAAAUCCCUUUAUCCUGACUCCAGAUCUGUUUGUGCAUUAAACAACUCCUCUCUGCUGUGUUUCUUCGUUGUCACGACAAAUGUGUAUGUAGUCAGAGAAGUAUGUGUUUUGUGUGACUCAUCAGUGCUUUCUGUGGUGUGGUACAGAAAUGUUAUUAUAUUAGCUCAAAUUUAUAUUGUCUGAUAUUUGUAACAUGUCCACAUGUGUAAGGAUAGCAUCAACAUCGUCUCUCCCACAUGAAAUGCUCUUUGAGAUAAUCUUCAUGUUUGUUAUUCAUCGAGGAGAUCCAGUCUUUUUUUCAGUCCACCCCUUGUCCUCUGAUCAUUGCAAAUAUGGACCAAGUUGACUUUCAAAAUGCCAACAAAGAGACUUUUUCAUUUCAAAGAUGAAUUUGUCUCUCCUCGAGGAUACAGUUCCUGGUCUGUGGUAAUGGCAAUAGAUCACGAAAACACUUAUUGUUGAUUAGCUGGGAGGAAUAUAUGUCUCCUGAGUGGCGCAGUGGUCUAAGGCACUGCAUCGCAGUGCUAACUGUGCCACUAGAAAUCCAGGCUCUGUCGCAGCCGGCCGCGACCGGGAGACUCAUGGGCGGCGCACAAUUGGCCCAGCGUCGUUCAGGGUAGGCGAGGGAAUGGCCAGCAGGGAUGUAGCUCAGUUGAUAGAGCAUGGUGUUUGCAAUGCCAGGGUUGUGGGUUCGAUUCCCACGGGGGGCCAGUAUAAAAAAAUAUGUAUUCACUAACUGUAAGUCGCUCUGGAUAAGAGCGUCUGCUAAAUGACUAAAAUGUAAAUGUAAAAUGAAUAUGUGGGGCUGAAAGGCCCCACAUGAACAAGGGAUAAUACUAAUGACUGAACUGCAGACCUGGGUGCACAAAAUACAAUUUAAAAAUCUUUCAAAUAAGAUUUUAGGCCUAAUCUUUUAAAUACUUUCUGAAUUUUGAUCGAGCCUGCCUGCAGUGCCAGUUGGGCAGAGUUGCUUUGCACUCCAUUGGUUCCAUUGUGCCAGGCAAGCUCAAUCAAGCACAGCUAAACAAAUUUGAAAAAAUGUGCCUGUAGUCUCUCUUGAACAUCAUUCAUAGACUAAUGAGGUGACUAUAUGCCAGAUACUAGUGAACUGUUCUUGUGGGCUUUUUUUUUAACCCUUGUGGUUCUUCCUGUCUCUCUUGUACAGGUUAUGCUCUCCAGAUCCAGUGUUACCAGUGUGAGGAGGUGAAAAACGAUGAAUGCUCCACGGCAGAGUUCAUCGUCAACUGCACUGUCAACGUGCAGGACAUGUGUCAGAAGGAGGUGCUGGUGAAGGAGGAUGGUAAGAAAACAGCGUCUCCUGGGCAGUUCCAUUCCUUUCAUACUUUGUUCUUUAUAGGAUAGAGAUAGUGAGAGAGUAGUCCCUUCUCACAGCCACUGUAUCUCCGCCACAGCAGAGUGUGAGCUUGAGUCUGACCAGAGAGACUAGUGAGAGCGAGACAGGAAGGUUGUGGGCCGGAUUCGAACCCACGCCGACACAAUAUAAAUGUGUUCUGCAGCUAGACCACCCCAGGCCACCCCAGGCCACUCUGCCUUCUCUGACACCUACUAUGCCAUGUAAAACCAAGCCACACCGGACUGUGCCACUUUUAACAUGUGAACUAAAUAAGGUAUAUUUUCCUCUUUCAUGUACUUCCUCUCUACCUCUGAAUUCAGUGGAACUGAUCUAUAGGGUCUCCAACAAAUGAGAUCAUAAACUAGGCCUAUACGUAUGCCCACUACAUCAAUUGGGACCUAUCAAAGAAUCUCCAUAGAUCAAGAGGCCAUUACCAUAGUUAAUUCAUGGAUUAUGGCUCAUAUUCUUUUAAUGGGAUUAUCCCAAAGGGUGGUUACCUUGGUUGCUGGCUGCUGUGCUCAGUUGAUCCAUGCAUUAUUUAUUUAUUAUAAACCGGGUGGUUCGAACCCUGAAUGCUGAUUGGCUGACAGCUGUGGUAUAUCAGACCGUGUACCACGAGUAUGUCAAAACAUUUAUUUUUACUGCUCUAAUUACGUUGUUAACCAGUUUAUAAUAGCAAUAAGGCACCUCGGGUGUUUGUGGUAUAUGGCCAAUAUACCAUGGCUAAGGGCUGUAUCCAGGCACUCCGCGUCCGCGUUGCAAAAGAACAGCCCUUAGCAGUGGUAUAUUGGCCAUAUAUCACACUACUUCAUGCCUUAUUGCUUAAUGAGAGAACACCCUUCAAAUACACUAGGCUUGUUGAUCCUACCACAUCCAAUGUUAUUACAUGUACAGUUGUCACUUGUGAUCAAAUGUAUACUUCCAAUUACAAGAGUAUUCCAAAAAUUUACCAAGAACUCCAUAGCUAGAUUGUCUUUAGCGAGUGCUUUAUGCCCAAACUAUGUUUCUGAACAUGAUGGUUGACAAGCUUCAUCACUCAAAGGCAAUGCUCUAUGGCAAUAAUGUCAUUAACAAAUGUACACUAUGUGUAAUGUUGUGUAAUGGUUUGAAUAACCUUGAGAUAAGGAUUCACUUUUGUGUGAAAUGCACAUGCUUACAGUAUAUUCACAAAUCUUUGCCAGUCUCUGCACUCUCCAGAAAGGUUUUCUGAGUCAUUUGAUUCAAAUGCGAUGUUGGCAAAGGGAUUCUUAUGUGCUCCUGUAAGCAGAUAAACUGAAAAACUUGUAUUCUAUCAUAAAACCUUCUAGCAAUGUUGGGUAAUGAAUGUGUUCCUUAAUUAUAUCAUUUCAUAUAAUGUCAGCCUGAGACCAGGAUCCUAACUAAUUAUCUUUAUAUGCAGCAACCACAAUUUAUCACAAAUAAUGAAUUUGCGAAUUACCCCAACAUUAUCGGUGGAAGGAAACACUUGCAUAAUGUGUUUAUGAUAUAUGAAGACAUCUGUAACAUAAUCCUCAGGGAAAGUUGGCUUUUGCACGUGAUUUGUUCUCUACCCAUUCCUCCCCCCAACAAAGGUUUGGGGACUUGGUUUGAUAGACUGUCAGUUCUAAAUGUGCCUAGUGAUGUAGUAUGGAACAAAGAAGAGGGUUGAUUAAGCUAAAGUUGUAUUGUUAGUUCUGUCAAACUUUAUAGCAGUAAUCAGGGGCUGAUGCAGACUGCAAUUGUCUACUUUUGUCUUGAAGGCUUGUCUGACGUCUUUGAGACAAAACAAGAAUAUUGUAUUGCAUUUACAAAUUGCCACUCUGUCUAACAGCUCAUCUGUCAUUAUUUCAAGAGAAAGACAAGUAAAGUAGAGCAGUAAAGUUUGAUUGAACUUUUAACGUGACUCUUCCUCCCUUUCAUCAACCUCUUUCAUCUAUUUCCUCUCUACGCCUUAAUUAUAACUUUUGGUAACACUUUACUUAACGUCGACAGGUAUAACGCAUUAUGCCACAGUUAUAAUGCAAUGUAAGACUUGUCGUAGGCACUUAUGAACCUCUUCUCAUCAUAAUAACAGUUCUUUGCAGUCUGUUGACAAAUUUCAGCAGAGAACACAUAAACCUUGUAUUAAGACAUGAUAAGCAUCCAUAUAUGCUUAUAACAAGUACUAAUGCUUAUAGAUUCAGUGGAGCUUGAGUCACAUCUCCAGGGUCACCUUGGAUUUGUUUGUAUCCAAAAGCCCAGUGUCUAUUUCCUAGGAAGGGGUAGGGAGAAGUGGGAGUUGAGUCCCUGCAAGGUGGUCAUUUAUCAGGCAGGGAGACGCAGGCUUUCUUACCACCGCCUGUGGUAAGACUAAUGGCACAACAAUAUUUCCAUGAAAUCAAAACACUCUUAUUGUGGUCCUCUGUAGCUCAAUUGGUAGAGCAUGGCGCUUGUAACGCCAGGGUAGUGCGUUCGAUCCCCGGGACCACCCAUAAGUAAAAAUGCAUGCACACAUGACUGUAAGUCGCUUUGGAUAAAAGCGUCUGCUAAAUGGCAUAUUAUUAUUAUUAUUCAUGUGCAUUCUCUCAUCACCAUAUAAAUCAAAGCAUAGUUUUGUUGCAAUUGUUCCAUAGUUUGAGAGCAUUAUAUUCUUUGUCGAGGUGACAUUCUCAAUGUUUUAUUUGUUAUAAUGGCUCUAUAUAGGUUCUAGGCACUUAGAGGACCACCUCCCAGUAAUAUGAACCACUCCAGUAUUGAUCAGGAUAAAGUCCUGUUAACCUCUUAAGGAUCGGACCCUUUUUUUCAAUUUUCGCCUAAAAUGACAUACCCAAAUCUAACUUGCAGGACCUGAAGCAAGGAUAUGCAUAUUCUUGAUACCAUUUAAAAGGAAACACUUUGAAGUUUGUUGAAAUGUGAAAUUAAUGUAGGAUAAUAUAACACAAUAGAUCUGGUAAAAGAUAAUACAAACAAAAAAACAUGUGUUUUUUGGGGUUUUUUGUUCCAUCAUCUUUGAAAUGCAAGAUAAAGGCCACAAUAUAAUAUUGCAGUUUAGGCACAAUUUAGAUUUUGGCCACUAGAUGGCAGCAGUGUGUGUGCAAAGUUUCAGAUUGAUCCAGUGAAGCAUUGCAAUACUCGACUACUUUAUAUCAAGUCUGCCCAAAUGUGCCAAAUUGGUCAUUUCAUACAUUUUCAAGUACAUAACUAUAGAGAACAUACAAAAAUGAUAUGGUAAUACAAAAUGUAAGUUUACACACUCCCAGGAAUGUCAUAUAUGAUGGAUCAUUAGCUUAUACACUAACUUUCACACAUCUAGAUGGCCGGGUGGGGUGGGUGUGGAGCCAGAGACAGCAGGGGUUCAAACUGUAGAACCCAGUUCCUACAUUUGAAUAUAAAAAUGGAUUUUAUCAAACAAAACUAUGCUACAUUUUAUCUCUGGGACCCUCAGGAUGACAAAUCAGAGCAAGAUUACUGAAUGUAAGUACAUUAUUUACCUUCAGAGGUGAAUGUAUCAAACCAGUUGCCGUGAUAAGUUGUUGUGCACUCUCCUUAAACAAUAGCAUGGCAUUUUUUCACUGUAAUAGCUACUGUAAAUUGGACAGUGCAGUUAGAUUAACAAGAAUUUAAGCUUUCUGCCCAUAUAAGACAUGUCUAUGUCCUGUAAAGUUUGCUUUUACUUACAACAGUCAUGCUAAUCACAUUAGCGCACAUUAGCUCAACCGUCCCGUAUACGGGACACCGUACCCUUCCCCAGAUCUGUGCCUCGACACAAUACUGUCUCGGAGCUCUACAGACAAUUCCUUUGACCUCAUGGCUUGGUUUUUGCUCUGACAUGCACUGUCAACUGUGGGACCUUGUAUAGACAGGUGUGUGCCUUUCCAAAUAAUGUCCAAUCAAUUGAAUUUAGCACAGGUGGACUCCAAUCAAGUUGUAGAAACAUCUCAAGGAUGAUCAAUGGAAACAGGAUGCACCUGAGCUGAAUUUUGAGUCUCAUAGCAAAGUGUCUGAAUACUUAUGUAAACAAGGCAUUUCUGUUUAUUUUUAAUACAUUUGCCAAAAUUUCUAAAAACCUGUUUUCACUUUGUCAUUAUGGGGUAUUGUGUGUAGAUUGAUGAGGAUUAAAAAAAAAAAAUCAAUUUUAGAAUAAGGCUGUAACAUAACAAAAUGUGGAAAAGUCAAGGGGUCUGAAUACUUUCUGAAGGCACUGUAACGUCAAACAUUCAUGAAAAACAAAACAAAAAUGAAAGCUUAAGGACUUUUACCCCUCCCUUCCCCAGUGUUUGUGCUACCUCAGUUUGCUAUGAGACUUGGCUCAGUUUCACCAAGGGUCUCAAUAUCACAUAUAGCUUGACCUGGACUUCCUGUAUAGCUUUGCACUAUCCCUGACCGCUUCUCUCUCUCCCUCUUCAGGCAUAUUUUACCGCAAGUCCUGCGCCUCGUCCGGGGCAUGCCUCAUAUCCUCGUCAGGCUACCAGCAGUUCUGCACUGGAAGGAUCAACUCUGUGUGCAUCUCCUGCUGUAACACACCGCUCUGCAAUGGGCCACGGAAGAAGAACCGCCCGGUCCCGUCGGCCGCCACCUCUUCAUUUUCCUCCCUUCUUUUUCUGCUGGUCUCCCUCACGCUGGUCUCCCUCUCUCUGACAUAGACCUAGAGGCGUCCACUUGUCCCGUCCUCUACCUGAAGAUAACACUAGAGUAUUAUGAGGCUACAAAUAGGCUACAGUGUACAUAACACUACGUAGUCUAUAGGCUACAUCAGACUCUAGUGUCGUCUUUGGAGAGGAAUCCUAUACAUAAGAGACUAUCACAGGAGGUUGGUAGAAUGAGUGCAAUGGUAUCAAAUACAUCAAACA